CGCUACAUCACUCCAAUCACCUGUGUUGUAUGACAGCGACCCUCAACAAUCCUUCAGUGUGACCAAAUCUCCCCCAAUGACUAUGGCCAACAAGAAGAAUGCCUCAAAGGGCGAUGAUCUCCUUGCUCAGCUCGAUGACUUGAGUACCCAAGCAACCGCUCGUUCCUCGAGAACCACUACUCGCCAGCCACGACAGGGGCAGUCGACACAAACCUCACAAAACGAACAAGACCUCCUGGCAGAGUUGGGCAGUCUUGCACGACCUACCAGCAGACCUGCAACCCCAUCUCUCAAGCCACAUGCCCCUUCCACGGCCGCAAGCCGCUCCCCAAUGCGUACGACGACGGCAACCCCCCCUCCUGGCCGCACAAGCGAAGAAAAGUCCAGCAACGGACAGCGUAAAUCCGGCGACAGCACGAGAUCUUUUCACCAGAGUUUCACUCCUGCCACUACAACCACUGAAGACUCGGGCGAAACGGAGUUUCAGUCUGCCUCUACACCUGCCCCGGAGCCAGCAAAAAGCGGAGGAUGGUGGGGAGGACUUCUGUCCACGGCAUCAGCCGCCAUGACACAGGCUCAAGCGGCGGUCAAGGAGAUGCAGAAGAAUGAAGAAGCACAGAAAUGGGCUGAACAGGUGAGGGGCAAUGUUGGUGCUCUGAGAGGAUUUGGUGGUGACAUCAGAUCACUUGCCAUGCCAACUUUUCAGAACAUCCUCCAAACCAUUGCUCCACCAAUUUCGUCGCACGAACGACUCGCCAUUCAUAUCACACAUGAUUUGACCAACUAUCCAACCCUAGAUCCUUUGAUCUACCAAGUCUUUAGCCGGGUCAUGGCUCAAGUCGAAGGAGGAGACCUGAUUGUGAUUCAAAAGGGGCGGGAAGCUGGACCUAAGCGUGGGUCCUCAGAACACAGUCGACAGCUCGGGUCCUGGCAUGACGGUCCGUGGUGGAGAAGCGGCGAAAGACGCAGUAUCAAUGCCAUCAAAGGGUUGGUAGAGGGAAGCAAGCUGGUGCGAGCAUCCGCCGAAGGCUACGCAGAGGAAUACUUUGGCGCCAAAGGAGGCGUCGAAGAGGCGGCCAAACGGGCUACAGAGACACUGUCCGAGACAAAUCCUACCCGAGACAGUGAGAUCUUUAUCUCUAUCCAAGCCAUAACCCAACCUGUUCCCAAAGAUUUGUUUGUUGGGGCUACUGCUACCGAAGUCGAACCGACCCAGAUACAAGAGCCAUCGGCCGAGGAAGAAAUUGUCUUUGCGAUCUAUCUGCACGACCCCAUCCACGGGAUCGCAUUCCAGGCGAUAUCACAGGCAUUGCCUGGACAAUGGAUCGAAUGGCUUGAUGCACCUAGUGGUGGAGAAGGCACCCUCCCUGAGAGCAUUGAGGAGAUCAUCGAGGGUGGUGGUAUUGACCCUCGAGAAUGGAUCAGCGAAUGGGUAGAGGAGAGCUUGAGUUUGACGAUCGGUGUUAUCGCGCAGAGAUAUGUAGCUAAGCGAAUGGGGGUGGGUGAAGGGAGCACCAAGAAGGGCAAGUUGAGGGCUGAUUUAAACCAGGCGGCUAUCACUCAAAGUGGUGGCGGUGAGGCAGCGAGGGCCUUGGGAUGAGAUUGGAGCGUUGGAUUCCUGUGCUGCAAAACGAUCAGCACCUGUAAAGGUCAGAAUCACUAUACCAUCGCGGGUCAUUGGAGUAAUAAUGUUUGGGCUGGUAGCUGAGUGUUAUUUACGGUGUUUGUAGCGAACGGGCGUGGAACUGGUCCCUGGAGAUGAAGGAUGGGAGCGAAAUUGGAUUCCGCGCAUCUUUGUCAAUGAACUCUUUCUGCGACGUGAAGGAAUGGCUAGUACCUCAGGGACACAGAUAUGUUGAUCUCAAUUACCUAC